AUGCCCACGCCCCCCCGAGUUGCGCCCCUGCAGCUGUCCUCCAGCUCCGGAUCCUGGGCCACGCGGCGGUCCCGGCAGCGCAGGAGAGUGGCCCCGACUCCAGCCUGCACCUUGUUCGUUUUGGUACGGCUGCUGUCGAGAUGGGCCACCAACCAUCCGCCCCGAGUCUUGAGCUCCGCCCCGAGGGAAGACAAACCCCUGAGCCUCCCGCCUCCCGCUCAUGUACGCGCAGAACUCGUUGUAGUGGGCGAGGAAUUCGUUGCGCAACUUGUGACAUUCGGAGGUCUCGUGGGUGCUGUUGGGGCCGUGGAGCUGACAGAAGUGCGAUGGCUGCUGCUGAUUUUGUUGAUGUAGCGGUAACGACCCCUGUGGCUGCUGAGGUCGAUGUCCGCCUUGCUCCGAUCCUGCAGCGGCUGGUUUCCCCGCCCCGCCGCCCCGGCCCACGCCGGCAGCGACGAGGGCGUGCCUCAUCUCCUCCUUCCGCUCUCCAUCUCUCCGCUCGUACCUCAGCUCGUGCUCUUCCAUCCUCAGCAUCUCCUGCAUGGUUGCCCUCGACAACAUCGUAUCAAACAGAAGACGGUCUUUGGUUUUUUCGAACCUUGGGAGAAAUCCCCUGACAAUGUGCCUGCACAUAGAUUUUUCAUCCCGGUUAUCCCCAUACGAGCGAAGUCUCAUCCACAGCGCAACUGCCCUACCGUAAUAGUCCAUAAGACUCUCUCCCUGCCUCUGGCCUAUUACGUUCCAUGCGUCGUCAAGGGUUUGUCGCUCCUGACUCUUGUCCUGGCUAUAUUGCUCGAGAAACACGCGGUACCCUGCUUGAGGUGAUUCUGAUGCCAAGAUUUGGGCUUGUGCGGGUUGCGCUGUGAUCUUAGCAAGCAUGAACGUCCAAAUCUUCCUCGAUUGCUUCACUCUCUCCUCUCCGUACGUGCUCCUCAACCAGUUCAAGUCCAUACCAGUUGCACCAACAGGUACCUCUGAACCCCUCAUCACACCAGCAAGUCCCUCAUUCUCCAGCCACGCCUCAAAUGCACUCGUGAACACUCGCAAUGCAACUUCAAUUGAUCUGCUCUUCAGAAAAUCAUCACUCCUUGCUGGGACAUCAACUUUCUCUUUCUGCCUCAGCUCUAAAGUUUGGUUGCUAGACGUGCCUGGAUGGGCACGGUGCCCCUGGUCCUGAGUUGAUGUCGCGAAGGCCUGCUUCAAGAGAUCGACCAGCUCACGCAUCGUGUUGCGCUGAUCUUCCCCUCCUGCCGCUCGCGCACCCCCUCGGUCUCGUGCAUCGUUGACGGAGAAAGAAUUACUUCCUCCUCCGUCCGCGACGCCUGCCCCGGGGGAAGGGACAGCCCGACCUGAUCCCCCCGGAGGUUGUCGUCCGUCUCCGUCCGGCAUGUUGCGCGCGUAGACACAGCAGCCACUCUCUUGAUCGUGAACGCUAGCGUGUUGAGUAGCUUUGUGCGUCGGUGCCUUGGCGCGCGGGGUCCCUUGGUUGGGAAAUAAAAGAGCCAGCGGCGCGGUAGCCGCCAACGGUACAGUGUAGGAACUAUGAUGGGCGUGACAGCCUUCUCCUUUGGGAUGGAGCGUGAUAGCUCGGGUAUGGUAUCUCUGGAUGUGGCGUGGAAGCCUGGUGACGUGAUAGUCGUGGUGUAUAUGUAUAAGUAAGGACGUGGAUGUCCGGAAGGCGUGAUAGCCGGGUGGCGUGAUAGCCGGGAUUGGCGUGGUAGCCGUGGCGUGAUAGCCGGGGAAAAAGGACUUGAUUGCACACAGGAAGGAGGAAAAAGAGGAAACAAAAAACAAGUGAGAAACCACAACACACAGUCACCAUAUCCGUUGUAGACGCACAUAUACCCCCACCCCCAAUCCUGAAAUAUGCGGCAAAGUUGGUACCACCAAAUCUAAUCCAUAGCAACUGCUGAACCCCCAAACUCCCCGGCUCCAUCUGCUCGGAAAUCUUGCUUGCAAUAAUCUGCCGAUGCUGUGAGUACGUCCAACAUACCUCCUCCCAAGAUAACGAUGUCCUCCGAAAUCAUGGAUUCCCAACAGAACUCAAUCCCCCGAAAUCCGUAGAAGAUUCAAUAGACAAAACAUACAUCAAAUCAUUGUGUGGAAAAGAGGGUUUCGUCCUCGACAGACGUUGGGGGGUUUCAACCUUUAUGAAGGUGUUCUCCACAUUACCCCCCCCUUUUUCGAGGCUUCUCCUUGUUUGCUAGGCAAGAGAAGUCUUCUUGGGGUAACCGGAACCCGACCGGCUGGCGGCGAGUAGAACCACCUUUUUUUUUCCAACAAUCUUCUGUGCGUGUGUGCGGGUACACCACUUCCGCCACGCAUUGGCAGAAGUUUCGAGUUCGAUAGACAGUGCAUCGUUUCUUGGCCCACCCACCGUUUUUCUUUUUCCGUACUCCGGAAGAAAAUGAGGUGAGCAGCGGGUGUUGAACCCAGUGUCUUUUGCAACCAAAAGCAGGCACCCGACAUCUCUUCGUCGACGCCAUUGUCGAAAAGAGGGUUUCU